AUGCAAGACUUGCAAUGCGAUGGCUACGCCAGUCUCAAACAAGGCUUCGAAGUCCAUAUCUGGAACCCUGGCCAAGGUCCUGCUUUCCAGAAGACCGUAUCCCUGCUUCCGGGCCUAGAUGACAGCGUGCGCUACCUUGAGUUUUACCAUCGCUGCGCACGGCCAGUACUCUCUGGCAACUUCGACAAUAGUUUCUGGUCUCGCACAACGCUUCAAAUGGCCUUCUCCGAACCAGCCGUUCGUCACGCUUUGAUAGCUCUCGGGUAUCUCCAUAGCACCGAGAGCGGGUCCUUGAAGCAUGCUCGCUCAAGAUUCACUGCCAUUACCGAGAGCAAGACCUUUUUACACCAUUACAAUAUGUCCGUCAAAAGUCUGGUCGAUCGUAUGGGGCAGUCCAACUACAAAACCGAGGUCGGUUUGGUCACUUGUCUUCUCUUCGUUUGCAUGGAGUUUCUACGUGGUAACCAUCAGACGGCGUUCACACAUCUCAUAAAUGGGUUGAACAUCAUUACCGAACGUGAAAAGAAAGUACGACAUGACAGCGUCAACUCGCCGCUCUCUUCAUGUUCGGUCGACACGUCUACUACAUUGACAACUUUCAACAUAAGCACACUCAUCGAGGACGAGCUCAAACCAAUAUUCAUUCGGGCCUUGACAAGCGCUAUGUUGUACGGUGCGGUCUUGGAUAUCCGUCCUUAUGUCACUGAUCUGGACCUAAGACACUUCGAAGACCUUCGAUUCAGCAAUAUCCGGGAGAUGGAGCUGUCCGCGUAUGAAGUGCGCAAUCAUUCCAUAUUACAAAGUCGCUACCUCGGUUUGAAGCGCCAUUUCUAUCAGGUCAAAGUGUUCACGGCCAAAGAACUUGGUCAAAAGCAACUGGUUCUCGACUGUCAACAGGCCUGGUACGCGGCUACCGAGCACUACAGAAACACACACGCACUUACGAAAAGUGAUGAGCUCGUCAUUCAGGCACUGUUAAUCGGCCACUAUAUCACCUAUAUCUGGUUACUGUGCCAACUGGACCCCACAGCGAUGGCCAUAGACGCCUACCUAGACGAAUUCCAAACCGUCCUGCUCUAUUGUGAGCGCAUACUCGACUCGAUGGAUCUCGAUACACCACAGCACGCCGCGCGGUUCACUUUUGAGAUCUCACUCAUCCCAGCUCUCUAUUCUGUCGCACUACGGUGCCGAUGCCCUGUGACUAGGCGAAAGGCGGUGGCUUUGCUUCAGCGCAAUCCGCCUCGUGAGGGCUUGUGGGAUGUGGCAACUCAUCUACUUGUUGCGAAACGCGUCAUUGAGAUGGAAGAGGUGGAGGUUGAUGAGCGAGGAUGGCCAGUAGAACGCACGCGCCUUUGGAACGUUGGUGUUAAUGCUGAUAUGGAUCGCAAGGGAGGCUUCUGGGCAUAUUUCACGCCAAACGAGGAACUGAAGAAGACUGUGGAGGAAGGAAGACCGCUGUCGAAAGCGGAAUUUUUGCAUGUCUAG